AUCCUGGCGAUUUCAAUCUCUAAUUGCGCAUAUUCCAAUCCCUUCAGAGUUCGAUCAUUCAAGCUUCGAUUUCAGACUUAAAAUUCUGGCGAUUUUGUACAACAUCGAUCAUCGGCUUCAAAGUGUGUUGUUUGUCAUUCUUUUAUGCGACACGUAGCAGACAUAUUGGUCCUCACUUUUCAAGGUUCAAAGACGCAUCAGCAUGAGUUUCCCUGAUCUAAUCACUGUUAGAGUGCAUUUUGGUGGAAAAUUUGAGGGAGAAACAAGGUACAUAGGUGGUUAGCUUCAUGUUCUAGAAGAAUGGGAUUGGUAUUCGUGGACUUUUCCUGAAUCAAUUGAUGCGUAUGUUGAACCGGGGUGUGAUGAUCUUGUGAAAUUUGCUUUUAAAGUUAAGAGCACAGACACCCUCAUCUUCUUUAAAGACGAGAAUGAAUAUCAGACCAGAAUAUAUGACUGUGUUGAUAUGGAAAAUGUAUGUCUUGAUAUUUAUGUUGAGUGUAGGAGUUUAGGUGAUGAUAUUGAUGAUGCUUUGGAUCCUAAUGAUGGGUUUAAUGAUUUUGAUGUUGAUGGUGGGAAGCAUAUGAAUACUAAGGAGGGUAUGGAAGGUUUGGAGGCUUUAGAACCCAAUUAUGGGAAGGGUUUGGAGGGCUUGCAAACUGAUUGUGUUCAGGAUAUGGAGAACGAAAUAGGUAUGAGAAAUUCAAAUGAGGGUUGGGAUGUAUCUGAAUACGAGAAAUCCGAUGAUUCUAUUUAUGAAGUUGAAGAUGCCAAGAAAAUUGGAGAUAUGGAAAAGAAGUUGCAAUACAAUAAGGAGUGUGAUCAUAAGAAACUAAAAUUGCAACUUGGCAUGCGAUUCACCGACGUAGCAGAAUGCAAGGAUGCAGUGAAGUUGUGGGCGAUUGUGAAUGGGCAUAACAUAAAAUGGGUAAAAUCUGAAGAGUACAGAAUACAAGCAAAGUGUGAACCAGGUUGCCCGUGGAAAUUGUAUGCUAGCAAAUUAACUCGUGAACCAACAUGUGUUAUCAAGAGAUAUGUUGGAAAACACGAAUGUGUGAGGCCCAUUCACCAUAGACAAGUUACUUCGGUAUGGAUAGCAAAUCAUUUUUUGGAACGACUAAAAACUAAUCCUAUGUUGAAGGCUCUAGAAUUGCAACGGGAACUGAUAAAGAAAUAUCAAGUUCGAGCUCCACUGUUGAAGUGCUAUAGGGCGAAGAAAAAAGCCAUGGACAUUUUACAUGUAACUCUUGAGGGCCACUACGCAAAGAUUCGGUCAUAUCUUACGGAGUUGCAAAAAAGAGAUAGAGAGGGCACUUUCUUAUUGAAAACAUACUUGAACAAUCAAGAAAAACCAGUUUUUCAGCGUGUAUACUUGGGUUUCUCAGCACUUCGUAAAGGUUUCUUCAUUGGAUGCAGAAGAUUUAUAUCAUUUGAUGCUUGUUUUUUGAAGACCACAGUUGGAGGGGCUUUACUUGCUGCAAUAUCGAAGGAUUACAAUCACAAGAUGGACCCAUUAGCUUGGGCAGUUGUUGAGAAAGAGAAUGAAGAGUCGUGGAUGUGGUUUAUGGAGAAACUUUUUGAAGACCUUAGGAUUGUUGAUGGAUUUGGAUGGACCUUUAUGAGUGACAAACAAAAGUUCAAGUCUGCCACACCUUCUCCAAAAUCUGAUGAUGUUGCUGCCCAUUUGGGCGGCGCAGCUUUUGUCCGCUCAUCUAUGCAGAUGCUUACCAAUAUAUAG